AUGGAAACUAGAUGUAAAACACCCCAUUCAACUUUGGAGCAGGUGUGUAAGCGAAUUCUGCCACAUGGAGUUCACAAGUUCUUGUUUGGGCCUCUGUCAGAGUUUCCUGUGGCCAGACAGCUCACAGGUGCUGCGUUUGGAGCUCUGAGUGGAGCUGGUCUGUUUUUUGCACUCAUUCACAAUAUCGCCAUGACGACGGUACAGCAUAUUAUUGUUGGAUGUGUGUUUGUGGGUCUGUGUACUCUUGGAGGCAUGUUUUCCUCACUGUUUCGCUGUUCUGUCCUCCUGAUGUUUCCAAAUAUGAUUGGAUCUCAAGGUCGUACAUUUUUGAUGGUUUUUGUGCUCCACGGACUUUAUCAAGGGCCCAUUGCGAACAUCCACCAUAAUAUACAGGACGUGGCCUCCUCCAUGGGCUGUAACAUAGACCUGCAGAUCACACACAGCAAGCUGAUGUGGAGAAUGCUGACAGAGCCUUAUGUGGAAGUAGUGCAGGAGAUAGUGACUGACAGUGAGGAAUUUCAAAACGAGGCUCAAAAUGUGAGCAUGCAGUUCCAGAAGGUUCGGGAUGAAGUAAUGGGUCAGUAUGGAUUUAACUCUCUUGGUAAGGAGUCUGUCCAUACAGCCAACAGCACUCAGGAGGAGUAUGUAGCCAAGACUAGAGCACGCUGUGACUAUGUAGUGCAGCAGGGAAUCACCCGGUGUCAAGACUGGUUCAGGGUGAAGUGGGAUGAAUGUAUGAACACUAUUCAAGUCCCUCUUUUUAACCACUUCAUCUGCAUACCAAUGCAAUUCCACUUUCUCUGUGAUAUUAUGAGAGUGAUGAACCCUUGGUGCACAGAGAAGAUUCCAGUUGAAGGAAACUUUGGUCAGACCUUCGAUAAACUAAAUGACUCAAUCAACAGGCUUGCAGAACACUUCACCACUAGUUUAGUUCUGAAGGAGUGGGAGCAGCAGGCAGUGCUUGGAGUGAAUGUUCUUCAGGAUUUCUCGAAGGAGCUAAACCGUGAGUUUCAGGAGAAAGCAGCCAUUGCUGAGAAGAUAUCCGGAGUUAUUAACUUCCUGCUCUCAUUCACCUUUAUCACUGUGUUCACCUCAGCAUUUGGAUAUGUUCGUCAAUAUUGCAGAGACAUUCUGUUCGACAAUGUUUACAUAACUACUUACUUCAGACAGAUUGAUGCUCGCAGAAUCAGAGCUGAGAAGAGGCAUUUGCUGCCAAUGAAAAAAGCAGAGCGAGAGAGUUUGAUCAACCCAUGGAGCUUAUCUAUCCACGCCAGCGAGCUCAUGCCUGUGAUUGUGGGCUUCCUGCAAGUUGCAUCUCUGGCUCUGUUUGUGUGUGUUCUGCUUGCUGUUGAUGGAAUCCUGUACAACAUUUUUGACCUCAUUCGAAGGCACACUUUCACCACAUACUCUGUUACUGGUGUUCAGCAUGCAGACAUUGUGAUCGGUGGUGAUUCCAUGUUAGCCAGACUUCUGCGGAAAACCAUUGGUGCCUUCAACACCUCAUCCAACUUUGACAUAGAAUCCAGUAAUUUGAAUUGUUUGCCGCAGCCGCAUUCUCUCAGCCAGUCAGACUACUUGAGGAUCUUCAUCCCGCUUUUUCUGAUGUUCCUGAUGUGUGUCCUGCAGGUGUACAGCAAUCGACUGCGCAGGGUUAUCACUGCCUUCUACUUCCCAAAGAGAGAAAAGAAACGGAUUCUCUUCCUGUACAACCUACAUAUUCAGAAACGGAUCUCUUUCAUCAACAGACAAUGUCAUCGGCUUAGAAAUCCAAAACAAACCUUUGUAAUGGUGCUGUCGUGUGUGUUGGCUCCUCUGAAGCGUGUGGGCUGUAGAUUGCACUGGUGCUGUGUGUGUGAGGGGUUUGUGAGGCAGAAUCAGGCUGUGGAGUGCAGUUCUGUGGGAUGCACAAUGAUCUAUUGUCAGCAGUGCUGGAUGGACCUGGACAACAUCUGCUGCAUCUGCUUGCCUCGUAACCAAUGUGCACCGCAAGACAGCGGCUAUGAUUCUGAAGUCUAUUAUGGCUGCUGAUGAACUUCACCACACCUCCAAACUUCAACUUCUUACAUGCUGUGUUUUUACAGUUAUAAAAUGCAUAGAAACUUGAAAACGAUGGUUGAUCAAUAGACUUUUCUACUGGUAAUAAAU